AUGAACCCAAAUGGGGUAAGAGUUAUAAAGUGGACAGAUAAGAGACCGGUUCAUAUGAUUUCUACGUGCCGAAAUCACAAUUUGACUCUUAAAUCUACAGGUAAGACGAACCGAAUCACUGGAAACAUAAUUAAAAAACCACAAUGCGUCAUAACAUACAAUGAGAAUAAAAAAGGCAUCGAUUUUAACGACCAAAUGUCUUCAUAUUAUUCUAGCUUGAAAAGAGGCGUGAAAUGGUUCAGAAAAGUAAUGAUGGAGAUAUUAUUUGGAAUAGUCAUAAUAAACAGCUGGGUAUUAUACAAUCACUGA